AUGUCGCAAGCUUCUUCCUCUCGUCAUAGAACGGUCGAGGAGAUGCUCUCUCCUUUGAAUGCGCAUGAUUUCGAUUGGAAAGCGUACGAGGGAACAUAUCAAGGCCGAGCACUCAUAACACGAUUGUUUCAUAUACCUUCUUUACUGCUUUCAUCACAAUCAAAACCUACUUUUCAAGCGAUAUCAUUCUCCCGAGCUGCUUUAGCAAGACUAAUUCCACACCUCAAAAACGAAACAUGGGAUUGGUCAUUAUAUUAUUCUUCAAUCAAAUUAUUGAAAGAUCCAUCUGCUAGAAGAAAAUCAAAGGACGAAAGGGAAGAUGAUAUCUCCAGGAUGGAUAUCGAUGAUUUAAAUACAAUACCAGUCGAUGCAGGUGGGACUGGAAAUGGAAGUGGAGGAGAAGAAGAAGAUGGUAUAGCUGAUAUAAAAUGGAUAGAAAAUGUUAAAGAAUUAGAAAGAAGAGAGAACAAUAGAUUGGAUGUUGAAUUGAGAGGUUAUUUAAGUAAUUUAAUCAAAGAAAGUAUAAGGCUCACAUAUCUUGCUUUCGCUCAACUUUCCGUCAAAGUGGGAAACUCACAAGCUGCAAUGAAGAAUUAUAGUGCUGUGAGAGAAUACAGUACGAGUUCACAACAUCAUGUUGAUUUAGGCGUUGGCAUCGUUGAGACACUUCUGGCUUUCAAUCUUCCAUCCACUCUACCAGGUCACAUAUCUAAACUUGAAUCUACACUUGACAGACUUCAUCCACCCCCACCCACUACUCGUGGUCCAACCACCGAAGCGGCGAACGUCACUGCAUCUGAUCUGCGUGAAAGACGAGAGAACGAAGCUAGGAGUCUCGCUGUUCGGCGAAGCGUUAUGGUCAGAAUUCGAGUGGCUAAAGGCUUAGUAGCGUUACAUAACAGAGAAUGGAGUAAAGCAGGAAGGGAAUUAGGCUCUGUUGGAGAGGAAGAAGGUGGUUUAGGUGAUUUCGAAGGAAAAGCAAUCUCGUCAGCAGACUUGGCGUUAAUCACUGCCUUCUGCAUCUUGGCGAGCGCAGAUAGAGAUAGGAUAAGAAGGGUAUUAUUGGAUAGAACAAGUUUCAAAGCUCAAAUUGAUGAUCAUGAUUCCUGGAUCGUAGAUCUCAUUAGCGCAUAUGUGGACGCUAAUUAUGGACAAGUCAUGAAUUUGCUUCAACGAGCCGAACCUAUGCUCCUACUCAAUCCAUUCCUCAGCUCUCAUGCAGGCAUCCUCCUGGACUUGAUUGAAAAGAGAUGUAUACUUCAAUAUGUUAAACCUUUUGCAACUAUUCAGAUUCCAGUUAUGGCUACUGCAUUCGGACUGGACACGAAACACAUGUUAAGCCUUGUCGAAGGUUUAGUGGAAAAUAAAGAGAUCCAAGGGAAAGUUGACUUGAUCGAUCAGAUUCUCGUUUUGAAAGAGCCCGAUCAUCGUGGAGAAAUGUUCACCAACGCCUUCAAGGUAGGCAAGAAAGCUGGUGAUGUAACGCAGACUGCUAUCUUGAGAAUGAAAAUGAUCGAAGCUGGAAUCCUAGUCGAUCCACGAAACAAGUCAUCUGACAGGAAUGGACAUGAUGAGAAAGGUCAACUGAUUCUAGAUGAAGGCCUGAGUGAGGAGAUGACAAUCGAGCCGCCCUCCUAUGAGGCUUAG